AUGAGGACCUACACCCGUGGGGCUCCCACGGUGUUCUUCAUAAAUCUACUUUGGACCCAGGUAGUCCUGGUGCCAGGUGAGGUGGACCCUAGCGGAGGUGUACCCUUCCUGGGAGGGAACUAUGAUGGACACCCCAUGCUGUACUUCGGUCAAGAGGAGGUGGAGGAGCUUCAGAGGGCAGCCGCAGGAACUCAUAGCUUCUUGGCCAAGAAGAUCCGAGAUGCUGGGGAGGCCAUGCUGGAGCAUCCAGAAGAAUACCUGCCGCCAUGGAGCCCGGAGGAAUUUAGCGCGCGAUGGAAUGAAGUCUAUGGGAAUAAUCUGGGCAUCCUCUCUAUGUUCUGCUUGCUUUACCCCCACAGGGCUGGAGCUUUGGAUCUUGCCCGGGACUAUAUGGAAAGAAUGGCGGCUCAACCUAACUGGUUGGUGAAAGAUGCUCCAUGGGAUGAAGUUCCCUUGGCACAUUCCCUGGUUGGCUUUGCCACUGCUUACGACUUCCUGUACGAGUACCUAAGCAAACCUCAGCAGGAACGAUUCUUGCAAGUGAUUGGAAAUGCCUCACGUUACAUGUACGAGAAAUCCUACCAUCGUGGCUGGGGAUUCCAGUAUCUACAUAACCACCAGCCCACCAACUGUGUGGCUCUGCUCACAGGCAGCCUUGUUUUCAUGAACCAGGGCUAUCUGCAGGAAGCCUACCUCUGGACUAAGCAGGCUCUGGCUAUCAUGGAGAAGUCCAUGGUCCUCCUGCAAGAUGUGACAGAUGGUUCAUUAUAUGAAGGUGUUGCCUAUGGAACCUAUACCACUCGCUCCCUCUUCCAGUAUAUUUUCCUAGUGCAGCGGCACUUUGCAAUUGGCCAUUUCAACCAUCCAUGGCUCCACAAACACUUUGCUUUCUUAUAUAGGACUCUGCUUCCAGGCUUUCAGAGAAGUGUUGCAAUAGCAGAUUCCAACUACAAUUGGUUCUAUGGUCCAGAGAGCCAGCUUGUGUUCCUGGACCGCUUUGUCAUGCGAAAUGGUAGUGGAAACUGGCUGGCUGACAUAAUUCGACAGAACCGGGUACUGGAUGGUCCAGGACAAGCUGGAAAGGGCCAGAGAUGGUGUACACUUCACACUGAGUUCCUCUGGUAUGAUCCCUCACUGAGAGCCACACCACCUCCUGAUUAUGGGACAUCACAGCUACAUUACUUUGAAGACUGGGGAGUGGUCACUUAUGGCAGUGCAUUACCAGCAGGGAACAACCACACAUUUUUGUCUUUUAAGUCUGGAAAAUUGGGUGGGCGUGCCAUAUUUGACAUCGUACACCAGAACAAGUACAAAGAAUGGAUAAAAGGGUGGCGAAACUUUAAUGCUGGGCAUGAGCACCCAGACCAGAACUCUUUUACAUUUGCCCCCAAUGGUGUUCCUUUCAUCACUGAAGCUCUAUAUGGGCCUAAAUACACCUUCCUUAACAAUGCUGCAAUGUUUGCUCCAGCUGUAUCCGAGAGCUGCUUUGCACCUUGGGAGGGCCAGGUGACGGAGGCCUGCACAUCCAAGUGGUUGAAGUAUAAACAUGGUCAGGCCGCUGAUUGCCAAGGCAAGGUUGAGGCUGCACUAGACAGGCAGGGCAUGGUCUUCAUCCGUGGGGAGGGUCAAUCCGCGUACAGUCCUGAAUUGAAGAUGAAGAACUUUCAGCGGAACCUGCUGCUUGUUCACCCUCAGUUGCUUGUCCUGGUGGACCACAUUCAUCUCAAAACAGACAGCCCCACACGGACCAUCAGUACUUUCUUUCACAAUACAGAUUUGCCUUUCAAGGAAACCCAAAUCGAUGGAGUACAUGGGGCAUUUAUUAGACAAGGAGAGGAUACAUAUAAAAUGUUCUGGUUGGAUGACACCGGCAAUAGUGAGAAAGCAACAGUGGGAUACAAGACCUACCCUCGUGGAUACCCGUACAAUGGCUCUAACUACGUGAAUGUCACAAUGCCAUUAAGGUAUCCCAUCACUAGAAUUGCUUAUAUCUUUUUUGGACCUGGAGUAGAUGUUCAGAGCUUUAGUCUGCGUGGUGAUGCUCAGAGGGUUGAUAUCUACCUGUCUACAAGUGAGCACACCUAUACCAUUUAUCUGCUAACGGGAGAGAUCACCAGCAAGCCACUGUAUGCUAUGGUGCUGGCAGACAAGAAAAAGGUGGUGUUUGAGAAGACAGCAGGGAUACAGGAGAGGGCCCUUGAGGAGGUGGAAGAGUAUGUAAAUGUGGUGGAGGACAACCUUCAGCAGGUUAAGCCUGUUUUCCAGCAAUUAGAGAGGCACAUCCUUGCCCGGGUUCUCAACAGCGAUAGUUUCCACAAAACUGCCGAGCGCCUUCUGAAGUUUGCUGACAAGAAAAAGACUGCAGAAGUGGUUGAAAAAAUGUUUGCUCUUUCCAAGAAACAGAGCAAAAGUAAGGGUGCCAAGAAAGGUAUCCUAAAUGACCGUUUCUCUGAUAGUCUCCCAGACAUCUUUGCCCAGAUUGAAGUCAGUGAGAAGAGAGAGAGGCAAAGGACAAUGAAGCGAGUAUAUGAGGAGAUUCCUGAUGAAGGUGAUGGUGACUCUAGGGCUUUUGUGGAUUAUGGAGAUUUCCGUAAAGGCAGAAAGGCAGGUUUUGUAAAGGGCCGUAAAUUCAAGGAAGUUCGCACAGCUGCCACAGCUAGAAGUGAUGAUGUGUCUAGCUCAAUCUCAUACAUACGACUGUUCCUUGUUUUAAACACAGCCACUUUCUUUCUGCUUUUGACUGUGCUUCUGACCCGCUUUCAGAGGGCUCAGAGUCUGCACACCCAGAGGUGUUUUUAUUGCGUCUUGCUCAUAGACAGUUUCAUCCUUCUCUGCCUCUACUCUUCAUGCUCUCAGACACAGUGCUGA